CUCCCCAAGCGCCUCCCAUGCCGCUUCCCGGUUUCCCCCAAGGCCAGGAUGAAGGGUUGAAAAACCUUAUGAUGGCCUGGUAUUACGCUGGGUACUAUACAGCUCUUUACGAGGAGCAGCAGCGGGCGAGCCAAAACAGCAAGAGCUCGUGAAACCAAUAGCGGAAAGAUCCCGUUAAUUUGGAUAAAUCAAUUGGAACAGUGUUUCUAAGACUCCGUAUUCCGCUGCCGAAAGCGAGGGAUCACAGGACUCGUUUGCUCGAGUCGGCGAGCAUCGUUACCCAACAAACGACGGAACCGAGGGGCUAGCCGGACAAGCUGAAAUACAGCGACAUGUCAAUUUCUUGGUUACUUUAUUUGUCUCGGAUCUGGAUGGCUGGUUGAAGAGCAUGGAUAGAUGGUACUAGCAUUUGGGCGAAUUCAGCGAUUUGGGACGGAUUUCGAGUCUCAGUGUUCCGUCACAGUCUAUCGCGAGAUGUGUAUAAUUCUUAAAUCGAAUCUGUAUAUUCCCGAGGUCACUCAGCAUUACACCGAAAUAUGCAAGUUUCCAGUUUCCAGCCUGUUAUGCGGAUCCAAACGCAGUCACGCACGUCUGCCAGGCGAGUCCUUGCCAACUUGUCCCCGACCUCGUCGUUUUGUCUUCAUUUUUCUCCCCUCAUUGUCUAUAAAUCUCCCAACUUGGUUUCCAUUCCAUCCAUAUCUCAAUCCUUUUCCCUAUAUAUGUCCAACUCCCUCAUAUUCUAUAUAUAUCCCCGGCUUCUUGUUAUAUUUGGAUUUAUACCCUUCCUUGUAUUCAGAAUUGCUCACUCGCAAUGGAAUAACUGAAGCUUCUUUAUACAAACCAUCUUCAAUCUCCGUGAGGUUCUCGCAUCCACCAACUGGCAAUCCAUCUGCGACGACAGCAACAAAACAUGGCCGUGCCAGACAUAGCUCCGAGUAAUCCAGGCCGUGGCUUACACAGGUAGCGUCUGGAGUUCCACAGCCUCAACAUUUCCACGGUAUAUACGACGACGUAUAGUUCGUCGUUUAGUUGGUUUCAACCUGUUUG